UCUUUUACUUUUAGCUCUGCGAUCGAAUUAUUUGUAAGUAUGCCAACGUACAGCGCGGCCAUAUAAGACUAAAGCAAGAUGCUGCUGCUGGAGCUGAACAUUUUAACCCUGAACAUAUGGGGCAUUCCAUAUGUGUCAAGUGAUCGGGGGCCGCGUCUCGAGGCCAUUUGCAAAGAACUGAGCAGCGGAAAGUAUGAUAUCGUGUCGCUUCAGGAGGUGUGGGCUCAACAUGACAGCGAGCAGUUGCAGGAGAAGACGUCCAGUGUUCUGCCCUAUGCCCACUACUUCCACAGUGGCGUAAUGGGCGCCGGCCUCCUCGUGCUUUCCAAGUAUCCCAUUCUGGGGACUCUGUUCCACGCCUGGUCCGUGAAUGGCUAUUUCCAUCGCAUUCAGCACGCGGAUUGGUUCGGCGGCAAGGGUGUCGGUCUAUGCCGCAUCUUAAUUGGCAACCAGAUGGUGCACCUCUAUAAUGCACAUCUGCAUGCCGAGUAUGACAAUGACAAUGAUGAAUACAAGACUCACCGGGUUAUCCAAGCCUUUGAUACCGCUCAGUUUAUCGAGGCAACCCGGGGCAACUCGGUGCUUCAGAUCUUGGCCGGAGAUUUGAAUGCCCAACCACAAGACAUAUCGUAUAAGGUGCUGUUGUACACCUCCAAAAUGUUGGACAGCUGCGCGUCGGACACCUUUCGCACAAAUGAGUGCGAAACAAAUUCCUACACCUCGACGAGGGCACUGUCUAGGAAUCCGCGGGGCAUACGCAUAGACCACAUCUUUGUGCGCGGAGGCGAUAAUAUAAACGCUGAGAUUGUCGAGUACACUCUACCCUUUCCAGACCGUGUGCCUGGUCAAAAGUUUAGCUUCUCGGAUCACGAAGCUGUAUUGGCAAAGCUGAAGCUAUCCCGCACCAUUCCAACAGAUCCUGGGGCAGCAAGCGACGCAGCAGCAGUGGCGACGAUUGAAGUUAACUGCGAAGUGGUGGAAGAAACAUGUCCAUCCCGUGAGCAAGGAGGAGGAGAUGGACCUGCGCCUGCCAUUCCCCCGACGGCUGAUGCAUCUCCUGUCAAUUGCAAUGGCAGUUCCAUAAGGAGUCCAGAUAAAAGCUGCUCUUCCAUCCAGCCCCUUCCUGCGGCCAGAACCGCUGCUCUCCAGGAAGCCCUGUCCCUUUGCGAUGCUUCCCUGCUGCAAUUGAACACCGAUCGGAUACUCUACUACAGCGCAGCCACCUUCCUCUUUGUCCUACUCGUUCUGCUUGUCGAGUUCACGGCCCCGGGAGGAAUGCGAACGAUUUUCUUGCUGCUCAAGUUUAUAGUCUUCGGAGUCAUCUUGUUCUGUGUGUUCAUGGCUUCCAUUUGGAACUACAUGGAACGGAAUGGCGUAAUGCAGGGCAAAAAGUCCAUGGAGAUCAUGUUGCAUCAUGCUCAGAAAUAUGAAUAUUUCUAUUAAAGUGCGUGUAUGUGUACUCGAUUAUAAUUAAGUAGAACGGCUCAACAAGCAUUUAAAAACAUUGUAUAACGUAAAUAUGUAUAUCAAUAUGUGUAUGUAUUGUCUUUGAUUUAAUCUUUAUUUAUUGACGACUCUGCCUCAUUCUGAUUUAUAACAUUCUGUACUUUCAACGCAAUAAAAUGGUCUCUUUCA